AACAAUUGAACAUUCACUAUUAUGUUUAGAGUUAGUAAGACAUUUCAAAGUCAACAAGAAAGCAUGGCAUACUAAGCACUGUACUAUGAGUGCUGUAUCUGGCUAAUGUUCGAUUUAACACAAAGGACUUCUGGAAUCUUUGAAGUUCAUUUAAAGACAUUUAUUCCAACAGCUGUAAUUUUGAAUGAAUGUUAAUGGUAUAUUGAUGAGUUUCUGUAAAUGGAAUAAUCUGAAACGUUGAUGAUAAUAUACUAAAACGUUGAAGUUUGAGUAAAUGUAUCUGCAUCUUACAUUCUUAUUGUCAGAAACCAAGACUGGUGUCUUAUUAUUACACGUGCGUUAGGCAAAACAUGUCUUCAAAUUCCGAAGAGGAUUUUGUAUUGCGUUUGUCAGAAGAUGAGCAUGACGUACCCGGAAAGAAGAGUUUGCAAGGAAAAGCACAAAGAGAAUGUUCGUCCUGUAAGCGUGUAUUGGCGAUAAGGACUAGAAAAUGCCCAAGUUGUGGCAAUGUAUUCCCCAAGAGAAAGAUUCAGGUCAGGAAAUUGGCAUCAACGACUGAUUUCGGGAGGAAAUAUAAAACAAUGAAGAAACACGCAGACGAGCUCCACCUGAGUGACAAGUGGGACAUUGUCAUAAUAAAGUGCAAAAAGCAUACGGGGCAACAGGGGCAAAGUUACGAAUGUUAUGGGACCGAGGGGAUUGGGAAGGAGAUAGCAGAUGGCAUCGCACCUGAUUUUGAAAAAUUGUUCAAAACCAAAAACUUCGGUUCAAAGAAAGCAACCGAAGCAACAGCUGUAGUAGAGCAAAAUACAGACGGCGCAGAAAGAGCAACUGAUGAAACAACAAGGACUUCAUCGUGAGGUAACUGAGUGUUCUCCAAUGUUCAUGAUACAUGCCCCUUUGCUUAUGGACUAAUCAAUCAAGCAGAAUCGAUGAUUGAUGCAGUAUGAACAAUGUACAUUGUUACUAUUUUAUGAUUGAAAGUGAAACUGAUGCUAUACAUACAUGCUGUUGCAUUUCCAUAUUUAUUAGCAUAUUUAAGACAUAAUUAUAUAUACAUACAAGUUAUUUAAAUGUUUGUUUACAAUUAUUGACAGCUUGAACUUAUCAACCAAUGCUAUUAAGAUAAACCAAAUGCACUUAUAUAUAUAUAUGGUAUGAAGUUUAAGUGGAACUGUACUCUCUACGGAACAUCAUAAACUAAUGUAUUUUCCUUCAAUGAGCCUCUUUAAUACAUUCAUUAAUUAUUCUAUGCCUCACUUUCAAAAGGAAACAUCAAGUUCAUCAUUUACAUUACAAUUAAAGUUAUCUAAAUAACUUUGUCUUGAAAAUCGUUAUAUAAAUUGAACUACGU